UCAUCUUCUCUUUGCCAUUCCUCUUAUAACCUCCAAUCGCACCUCACCGGCGUUAGCCACGACAAACAGUGGAAGGAGCAGCCUUACGCACCUGCAGCAGCGCGACGAAUCGAACAUCUACCACACAGAUUUGCGUCUCACAACACCUCCAUUACAGAUCUUGCGUUUGUGAUAGAUAGUGAUAUCACUUUCAAGAGUAAAGAAUGGGUGACAAGAAGAAAAAGGCUCAGAUGUUUGUGAAACUAGUGUCUGCUGCCGGCACUGGAUUUUUCUAUGAAAAGAGAAAGCCGAGACAGUUCACAGAGAAGCUUGAGUUUCGAAAAUUUGAUCCUAGGGUUAAUCGUCAUGUUCUCUUUACAGAGGCUAAGAUGAAGUGAUUUGGUACCUUGUAUGGCUUCA